AUGCAAGCGAAGCUCUUGAACUUACUACCGUUCCCAGUGGGGAACUUUCGCCAACUUUAUAAACUUAACGUAUCGAUUUUCGUGGCAAAGGAAAGAACGGAAGGCGACGCGAUGUCGUCUGCCUGUUUGUCGACCAUCGCCAAGCGAAGCGGAGCAACAGCGGCUGAAGAGUACAAUUUGCAAGCUGUCGUC